UGCAAAUGGCCGACCCAUCCUGCCUGGGAAAACAAGAGUCUUGGGACAAGACCUUAAAAUUGUAGUACCGAAGAAUUCGGGGUUAUAGACUUAUACUUGCUCCCUUUUCCAAUUACAGCAACCCCUUGCUAUAUUGCACCCACAGAAUCGGUCAUCUGUCAAGGUUUCAAUUAUAGUACACAGGUGUUAUAACCGCGUUGCUUCGGUACUCGAAAAGUUUCAAGCCAUCCGCGAUGUUGUUCCGCCUCCCUGUUGUUGCCAUCCUGGCCUCUUUAACCGACGCACUCAGCAAGAAUGAGCGUAUUACCCCUCCUAGGGGCGCACUGGUAGUGGAUGCCUCUGGGAAGCUUCAAGAUAGUUACCGAACCGUUGGCGCUGCAGUCGCUGCCUUGGCCAACACAACAUCAGCGCAGGCAAUAUAUAUUGCUCCUGGGAUAUACACUGAGCAGGUGUACAUUCCUUCUCUUAAUGGGCCUCUCACUGUGCAAGGCUACACCGAAGAUGCCCGCUCGUACAAAGACAAUCAAGUCACCAUUACGGGCAACUUAUCUCGUCAAGUACCAGGUCUGGCGAAUAACGAUGCGACGGCAACUGUCCGGCUCUGGACUUCGAAUGUCAAGCUGUACAACCUGAACAUUGCCAACACCUUCGGUGCAGCCAAAACCGGUGGUCAAGCACUUGCGCUUAGUGCACAGAAUACCAAUCAAGGCUUCUACGGCUGCAACUUCACUGGCUACCAGGACACCGUCUACGCCAAUGAAGGGCGUCAGAUUUACGCAAAGACAUUCAUAAACGGUGCAGUAGAUUUCAUCUUUGGUCUGCGCGCAUCCGCCUGGUUCGACAAAGUCGACAUCGAAUCAAUCGGCCCCGGAUAUAUCACGGCGAAUGGUCGUGAAGCGGCGAAUAACACCAGCAUCUACGUCUUCAACAAAGCAGAUGUUCGGGGUACGAACCUCACAUACCUCGGCCGUCCAUGGCGCCAAUAUAGUCGGACUAUUUUCCAAAGGAGCUUUUUGGGUGAUGUCGUAAGACCGGAAGGGUGGACAAGAUGGGAUGAUGUACAGCCGGUAACCAACGUGGUGUACCAAGAGUACAAGAACUAUGGCCCUGGUGCAGCAGGACCAAGAGCGAACUUCAGCUCGCAGCUUAGCAAGCCGAUCAACAUGGAAGAUGUGUUUGGACGCAACUUUGAGAAAGAAGUCUGGGUGGACUCGGAAUACUUUUAGUUCCGAACAUUAGUAAUCGUAAUGGCGUUGAACACGUGCCGGGUCCCGAGGAUGACGGGUCGCGCCUACCUAGGUAGGC